AAGAAGAAGAAGAAGAAGAAGAAGAAGAAGAAGAAUGUUUGGCUGCUGUGCAUAAUCGUCCUCUGUGGUGUUGUUUCGUGUUUUACUUCCGUGUGCUUCUGUUAGUCUGUGUGUGGCGAUUACGGACACCUCGAACAAACCGCGCCCUCGGAUUAUCUUUUUCUCAAGAUUGGGAUUCCUUAUUAAAAGGAGUCAUGUUUCGACGAAGAAUACCUUUCACACAGAUGGCCUUCGCCACACUGCUCGGAGUUGCUGGCGGUCUUUACAUCUACAGACCUUAUUUUGAGCCGGUGCCGAAGUCCUCAGGACGGCAAAACGUGGGAGAGUCAAAGAAACAGAAUGAAACAGACUGAAAAAACUCAUCACUCCCAGGAAAUACUUAACAGACAGAAGCCAGAAGUUCUACAUGAGAUGCUGCUGGACUGUCAGAGCUGGAGGCCAAACUAGGGACAAGACCAGUAUGGAUAAAGUCAUGCUUCUUUGUGGUGCUUUGUGUGAUUGCAAAUGUACAGAAUAAAAUAUUUGAUAAUUUGA